UGAUAGUAAUGUUGUACCUAUUUGAAAGAAUAACGGGGAAUGUCAUUUAUUAAACAUAUCUGACCAAAUGAAUAGAGCUAAACGCAACAGAAUUUAAGCAUCCAAAGGCGACUACGACCAACAGCACAUAAUUUAAAUGAAAUGCAACAACAAAAUGAGAGACGGCCACUGAGCCAAUGGCCAACACUGCAGGUCCACAUUAUUAUUAUGGUCGUCAGUCUAAAAAUAUAGCGCCCAACGUAAGCAACGCGACGCGCACUGCGAUCUCCGCCGGGAUCACGGUGUUACAGUGAAUUUACGCAGAUCACCAGUGUUUUGAAUUGGGAAGGUAGAAAUAAAAAAAGUUAGUUAAAAUGCCGCCAAAACGACCGCCGCCGCUUGUGCCAAAGAAGCCAAAUCCCAGUAUGAACUACGAGGUGUUAAUCUAUUUAAAUAGUUUCUAUUUUGGCAUGUUUGCCUGCUGUGAAAUGGCCAUGGGUUUGCUGAAGGCGAUCAAUCUGAGCUACACGGGUCACGCACUUGCCCAGGACUCGGCCAUAAUGAUAAGCUUUAUAGUGCUAGAGACGUUACGUUUGAUAAUGGGACGAAAGGGGACGUUGGCAGAGCGAGGUUGGUCUGCCAUACUGUCGGUCUUUUUGACCAUCCCCUGCUUUGUGGCCGUCUUAUAUCUGCUGAUAUUGCAGACCUACAAGCUGCGUCUUGAAUAUUGCCUUGGCACGCUGCAGAUCGCGCUAUACUUGACCGAGGUGUGGUACGCCAUAGUCUUCGUUUUCUCAAUGUGUCGUCCAAUAACUUAUGAUUAGUAACAUACAAGCAAAAUAGCAAGACGAGACAUUUAUACAUUAACUAUUUAACUAAAAACUAAACAGAAAUUAGCAAUACGAUUAUAAGCAAACUGAAAAAAAAAACAAACAAAAAUCAACAAUUGAAUAA